UUUAUCUCGCAUUCUGCUUUACCUCGGUAACAUUAUUGCAUUGGAUUUAAUUGGAAUUGUGUGUGUUUUAACGGAUUCGACGUAUCCGGUUUUAUUUUUUGAAUUUGUAAUUUAAUCGAGGAUAAUAAAUUAGCGCUACAUAAAAGUGGAAUUUAGGAGCAAUUCGCGAUGAGACGAUUCUGUGUUCCAUGUGUCAAUCGAAGUAACAGUUGAUCGUGAUUAUUCAGAAGAAAUUUGGCCAUAGACAAAGAUAACGAUAAUGUUGACAGAAGAAGCAAGCACCGAUUGUUGUUAUUCGACACUCUCCAGGUCUCUUCUGAUUUUUUUUCUAUUCCUUUUUUUCACGGAGAUCUGUGCCGCGACGUACCUUAACUCUUCGAAUACGUUUUUGGAAAGAUGCCGGCUUGACUGCAGCCUUCAGCGAGAUUUUGCAAGCUGUGGGAAGUACAAAGUAGCCAGAUGGCUGAACGAACUUGUCAAAGAAAAGGAGUUCACCUAUGGACCAUUUCGAAUCAUAAGGAUAUCAUCGAUGCAGCAGGAAUCUUUAUUGCCGAAAUUACCUCGUUCUCGAGCUUUCAAAAGAAACAUAUUUGACACUCUAGAUUUUCUCAGAGAGAAUAUCAACGAUUUGUUGACGAAACGUGUGGUCGUUUAUACGAUCGAGAAUCCUACGAAUGGCAGAAGUUUUACUAGUGGGCCGAUGAUAAUGGACGAAGAUGAAUUACAAGAGAUACAAGGGAAGAAAGAGGCUGAGGGCGAUUGGCGUAUCUUUAAGAAGAAGAAGUCAUUGAUCUUGCCGCUCCUUAUAUUGUUGAAUCUCUUCAAAUUAAAGUUGCUGCUGCUUCCAAUCUUCUUAGGCGUUCACUUCAUCAAAAAACUCCUCGUUUUAGGUUCUCUGAUCGCACCAUCUAUUUUGGCGCAUCUUAAGGUUUGCAAGGUUCCAACACAUCCAGUGUAUUCUUAUCACACGUGGGCCACUGCUGCUGAAGCACCGGUUGAUUAUCCGACUGGCUAUCUAAUGACACGAAUGAAUUUGAUGAGCAACUUUUCCAAAUUCGAAGAUACGGUCACGAAGACACUGGUUGGGCACAUAGGAAUGAUAUUCAAGGUCAUCUGGCUUAUCCGGCCUAUCAUGGAUAUCGCAAUCCUUACGGAUGAACUUCAGCAACGAGAUAACUGCAUUUUUAAAAAAAUGUGAAGAUCUUAUGUUAGAAAAUAAUCUCUACGAUUAAAUAUGUUCGGUGCCACUGUUGAAACUGUUAAAUAUAUUUUUUAUA